CGGUUUGUAUUCAGUCACGUUUUCCAGCUGAGAAAUUUUGUCCCACAAUCAGCACCGUAUAUCCUCCGUCACAUGACCUCCAGCGUUUCCUGUUACUAUUGUAUUACACUUCCAUGUUUUUCACCUCAAACAGCAACUGUAAUGUAAAAGUACAACGGACGAAACUGUAACCGUUGUGUGAUUUUCCCCGCGUAGAACGUUAGCUUAACGUCCGUCGCGUCGCUACAGCUAGCGGAGGCGCUGAUCCGGGGCAACAUGGCCAACUGUGUGGCUUUCCAGAGCAAGUUAACCUCGAUCAUGGAUGUGCUAGCUAAAGCUGCCGUGGUAGAAAUCAGUAAACUGUGGGAGGACGGCUUCACGCUCGUACAGGUCGAGCUUCGCCGGAGGGAGAACGAAAUUGAAGCCCUGAACAGAAAGUUGAUGUUGAUGGAAAACGAGCGUUUAACUGUCCUGUCUCAGGCGCAGACUACAAAUCUGUCUUCAUCAUCUUCCUCCAAGAGAGAGCAGCAGAACAAGCUGCUGCCGCCCACCGGUGAUGGGCCGAUAAUAGAUUCAGUCCAGACAUUGUCUUCUGAUCAGAGCGUCAGAGAGAAGGCGAAUCACAGAACACCGCCACCAUCACAGACGGAGGAGAAACCAGGCGAGCAGCUCAAGUCUGACCACUGUGAAAGUGACGGCAGAGACGAUGAUGAAGACUUAAUAGUCAAGCUAGAAGACGAGGACGACGUCCAGAUUGUGGAGCAGAUGGUGGACUCUGAUCACAGUGUUAACGAUGGAGCAGGUCACCAUGAGAUGGAUCUGGACCUCCAACCCGCUGAGGUUGUGGAAGAACAAGAGAGCCAGCAGUGGUCGUCAGUUUCAGUGGGAGACAGCGACACUGCUGAUGACUCGGACUGCUUUUUUGAACCAAAGCAGCUGUCACAAAAUCUGGACUCAGAAAUCCUGCUCAUUCAGAACGCUUUGGACAUUUUUGAUAAUUCAGCAGAGACUGCGUACUCAGACAGACUUGUGAGGGAUAAUGGACAAGGUGCAUCAAGUAAAUCGAGGGCUCCUGUGACUUUUAGCCAAGCUCAGCCAAGUCAGCCUAUGGAUGCAAUAAAUCACCCAGAGAGAGGAGUGUCCAUCAGAUUCCACAAACCACAAACUAAAAACAUGUCCGCUUUUAACCCUGACAGCAGAUUCUUUCUCUUAAAUGACCCCGAGUUGCAUAAAACUAUAGCGAAUCGCCGCAUAAAGGAGAAAUGGUUCAUCUGCCCGUUCUGCGGCAAAAGCUUCGAUCGCGUCAGCCAUCUGGAGAUUCACCAGCGAAUUCACACAGGAGAGAAACCGUACACAUGCGAAACAUGUGGCAAGUGUUUUUCUCAGAGGAGUAACCUUCGCACUCACCAGCGGACUCACAAAGAGGCUCUAUCCCAAAAUGCAGUUUGAUUCAGUAGAUUUCGAAAAGAAAAGCUAGAAAUGUCUGUGGCAUCUAUGUCUAGAUUAAUUAACAAAUUCUCUUUGUAUUUUGAUAUUACUGAAAAGUAAUGUAGCUGACUGAUUUUACUGUGCACUCCUUUUUUGGGAUAAAUUAUAACUUUGACAUAGCUUUGAUUGUAAGAACUAGUUUUGGCACUUAUGUACUGUUUGUAAAUCCAGCCAGUUAAUACGAGAUUUAUAAAAACAUGUAGGGAUAUCCAGCCCCGGUGACACAGCUGAACAUCGACUUCUACAGGUUAUACAUGUUGACACAAAUUGGUCUUUAAUAUUUGGCUGAUUGAUGUGAGUCAUUGUGGAUCAGAAAGGGUCGGUGAGCAAACCUCUGUAUGUGUGAUCACUGUAGACCCUCUGAUAUCCCUUAGGAUGACCGUUUUUCCAUCCAUUGUCCAUUUUCAGGUUCACAGUAAAAA